CUUGCGUAGUGAACUCUGCGUGCGGUGUAGGGCCAGAUGCCGAGCAGCGAGGUGGGCAACCUGAGUUAGUUUCUUUUUGUCUCAACCAGGCAGCGCCCACUUCUGGGCCCCAUUUCCAGAAUUCUGCAUUGAAAUGCCCAACUUACAUUUUUACUGUGUCUGUAAUGACAACUUUUUUUGUAGUUUUAGUGUCAGAUAACCUGAAACUUUGUCAUGUCAACACGUUGAAAAAGGUGCCAUGGAUAUUCUCGUUUGUUCCAUCUUCCUGUAUAGGAGUUGCUGCCUGAAGCUGACAGACAUGCAUUGCGUACCAGUUGUCUGUAGCUUCACCUAUUAGCUAUGCACAAGAAUGAUGUGCCAGGCAACCUUGAAUCGCUAUGAACCUAGCCAGGGUGUCCAGCGACCUGGAAAACCUGGAAAACUGGGAAUUGUCAGGGAAUUUCGUGUGUCAGGGAAAAGUCAGGGAAAUGUCAGGGAUUUUUUAAAAAUCGUCUGGAAAUUUUGGCCGUGUUUGUUCUUCACGCAGCAGCACAAUACAAUAUGCAUAUCGAUUGUUCAAUUCGCCGCGUACACAAUGAUCGACGUAUCGAUUAUAAUCGGCACAUGGCUGUACACAUUGCGGCCUGUUAGGCUGGCCAAAAUGGCGCACAUUUGUGUACUCUUGUUGAUUUUGGUUAUCGUUUUUGUUGAUGGAUAAGUGAAUUAUUAUAUCAUCAGCCAAACAAAGGUCACAACAUGGCUUCAAAACUCAGAAAAACUACAUUCAGGGAUGAAUGGAACCAGAACCCAUCCCUCUCAUGGGCUCAGGCUAUUGAUGGCAGCCCAUAUGCAGCUUGGUGCAAACUUUGCAAUCACAGGAUUGAACUGAGUAAUAUGGGGAAGCAGGCUCUUACCAGUCAUGCAUCUGGAGUGAAACACAGCAGAAGAGUGCAAGGAUUUCACAUGAGUUCAUCCAUAGCAGUGUACUGUAAAACAACUAGGCCUACAUCAGCAGCGUCACAAAAUAAUUCUGCUUCAGAGUCUUCUUCACCUUUGUCUGAAUCUUCAAAAUUGUUUAGUUCUGAUGAACCCAGCUCACCUCAAGUAUCUUCCCCUCCGUUGUUCCAAACAGAUCCAGUCAGCAGUUCUAAAUCUCUGCCUGAUACUUCCUCGAAUGCUGAUAAUUCUUAUCUAAACCCAUCCGCAACAUGUUCUUGCACGUGCACAUGUGGCAGUGCUAGAAAGGAAUCAAAAUCAUUGACAAAUUACUUAUUAAAUGAUUCUGUAACACGUGCCGAAAUACUUUGGUGUUUGUAUUGUGUUAUGGCUCAUAAUUCCUUAAGGAAUGCAGAAAAUAGUGUAGCAAUGCAUCGUAAGAUGUAUCACGACAGCAAAAUUGCAGCUAAAUUGCAGUUGGGAAAAUCGAAAGUAUCCUAUACAAUAGUUCACGGAUUGGCUCCAGAAUUUCAAAAGGAACUGCAUGCUGAUAUAUCAAAAUCUUCUCAUCUUGUAGUUGGCUUUGAUGAAAGUUUAAAUAAAAUUGCCCAGAAACAGCAAAUGGACAUUUCUGUCCGUUACUGGAAUGAAGAUGAUUCAAUUACUUGCACUCGAUAUCUUACAUCAGCAUUUCUCGGCCAUUCGACUGCAGCAGACCUGUUAAGUGCUUUUAAAAACUCUUUGCCUGUGAAUACAUUACACAAAAUUAUACAGGUGUCGAUGGAUGGCCCCAAUGUAAAUUUGCGGUUUUUAAAAGACUUGAAGCAAGAUUUGAAGGAAGGUCGUACUGAUGAGGGGGUAAUAUUGGAUAUCGGCACUUGUGGCUUACAUUCAUUACACUGUGCCUUCAAAGGCGCAAUGAAGGAAACUGGUUGGGAAAUUGUUAAAUUCUUGCGUGCUAUUUACAACCUGUUUCAUAACAUCCCCACUCGUCGUGCAGACUACAUUAGAAUAACUGGUUCCAGCUUGUUUCCUCUAAAAUUUUGUCCAGUUCGUUGGUUAGACAACGUUCCUGUAGCAGACAGAGCAUUGAAAAUUUUACCAAAUCUUCGGAACUAUGUUGCUGGUCUAAAGUCAAAUACAGAACCUACGUGUGCUAGUUUUGUUAUAGUGAAAAGUGCUAUUAAAGAUGUGUUACUUGGACCUAAACUUGCUUUUUUUUCAUCUGUUGCUGCUGAAGUUGAACCACUUCUCAAAGAAUAUCAAACAAAUGACCCCAUGGCGCCGUACCUCUUUUCCGACUUUUCUUCAGUCAUCAAGAAUUUUAUGACUAGAUUUGUCAAAGCAGACGUAAUGGCAAAUACUACCCUGAGCAAAAUAGAUUUAUCUGCAAAUAAUCUUGUGUCAAGUAAAAAAAUUGACUUAGGUUUUGGGACACGAGCUGCAUUACGUUCAGAAAAUGCAAGUCAGAAGGAUAUGGAAUUAUUUAGAGCAGACUGUCUAAAAUGCCUGCAGGAAUGUGUGAAAAGGAUUUUAAAGCGCUCACCUCUUACAUUCAGCUUGACAAGAGGCAUUUCAUUUGCUGAUCCUUCUGUAGCCCUUAUUCCCGAUUUGGCGAUCAAGAGGCUGUCAUGUGCCUUAGAUAUAUUUGUUAGUCAUAAUUGGCUCUCUGGAAUUCAAGGUGACAAAAUAUCGAAGGAAUUCAAAAGAUUGUGUUCAUUGACUGCAGUGCAGGAACAUUUGAAACUCCAUGUCCGAUCCAAAGUACGCCUGGAUAAGUUUUGGUUUGACCUUUUAAAUGUUUACUGUAGUGAAAAUACAGGGCAUUUAGCAUCUUUUUUGAAAAUGAUAUUUAUUAUGUCUCAUGGCAACGCAGCAGUAGAAAGGGGAUUUUCAAUAAACAAACAGUGCUUGGUAGAAAAUCAGCUGGACAUUUCACUGAUUGCACAGCGUACAAUUCAUGAUGGUAUUUUGUCAGCUGGAGGUCUGGAUAAUUUUGUCGUAUCUAAAAGAUUUAUUCAUGCUGCUCGUAAUGCAUAUUUAAAAUAAAAGGAAUACACGGAACAACAGAAGAAGUUAUUACAGGAAAAGGAAGAACAAGAAAAGCAGCUGCUGAACUCUCUGCUUUGGAAGCUAAGAAAAAGAAAAUCUUGGAAGAUGCUGAAAAAGAAGCUGCUGUAUUAAGCUUCCAGAUAGAAGCUUUAAAAAAGUAGUGCUGCUAAGAAAAACCUUUGUUAAAAUUUUAAUUUGUGAUUGGACUUAAAAGGUUUUUUUAAAGUUUUAAGUUUGGAACUAUUGCAUACUUAGCUAAUUUGAAUACUAUAUAUAUUAUUUUUAAAUAUGAAGUGGAACUGACUUAUGUUUUCAAAACCAUCUAGUGAGUAACUCUUGAAGAAAUUGAGGAACAUGGUGAUAUGUGUGUACAAUAAACAUAUUUCAUAUAUUUUUUUCACAUUUUAUAUUUUAGUAUUAGACCUAUUUACACAGUUGCUGUUGCUUAAAAUUUCGCAGUAUAUUUUUACAUAUAUUAUAGUGUAAAAAAUAUUGACAAAGUUUAUAAGAAUUUAAAUGGGAACGAGCAUAGUGUCAGGGAAAAUCCUAAUUUUGUCAGGGAAAACAGGGAAAUGUCAGGGAUUUUUGAAAUCCAUUUUCACUGGACACCCUGCUAGCCAACAGGAAGGGUGAAAACAUAUUUCAAUAACCACUUUCCCUUAUAUGAACCUUAGAAUCACCUUAAACCCCAGAAUGCAUGAUGUAAAAAUGAGAACAGGCUUGCUAAUCAGUAAUGUUCUUCCCAUACUUCAUCACCUGUGGCCUCACCAACAAAACUGCAAUACUUAAGCCAAAGAGAUGCAUUUUACUCUCCUACGUUGGUUAUCAUCCCUCUUAGUAACCUCAUGCCAAAUUAGCACGGUAAGACAUCCCUUUUAACUUGCAAUGAGAACAUAAAGUUUCAAAUAGUGUCUUCACAAUACAUAACUUAGCUUCUUUUGCUUAGGAUUUUGCUUAGUAAGUUCUUCAGCCCCUUACUACACUGUUUUUUUUUCUUCUCUCAAACUUUUCCCAGAUACCUCAUUGACUUAUUAAAUUUUUGGAUUAGAAAAAUAUGAGACUAGUUCCUAUGCUCAAUUUUAGCCAACCCUAGCUGCCUCCAUGUUAGCCUAAACCUAAACUGAUAAAUACUUACAUCAAAUGUCUUGAUCAGAUUGUAAAUACAUAUCAUUUAGUAGUGAGUGAGAAAUUAACUUUGUACAUAGUUUGUAACUGGGUGUUAAUGGAAAAAACUGGCAUAAGGGUCCGGUGACAUAACAGGAUAAUAGAAAGUGUUAUAUUUGAGCACUAUAAUGAAUGGAAAGUUAGUUUGUGCAUUAUGUUAACUUGUUGAACCAUACAAGGCUUUGUUACUUGCAGGUUCACUGUGUAUUGGGUGUGGUAACGGGGCUGUG